GAUGUUUAAUAACACCUCUAAGCGCCCUGCGGCUACCAAUCAUUGCACUUAAUUUAAGUUAUGCACAGACAUUAUGUGAUGGCGCUAAGCCCUUUAUGGUACUUCUUCCUUAUGUAAACACUCCUAAACUGAUCACGAUCAUUUAUACACAACACUCAAUACCAUCUCGCACCAUCGAUUGUUCAUUCUCUGGUUCAUAUUUCUGUGCCAAACAACAAUUUCCGGAAUUCAAUCAAUUUAAUUUUAAUCCUUGUAUCAAAUCUAAGUUUUAAAUCCACUUCCAAAAUCUCAGCAACCACGUUGUCCAAUACGCAGAGAGCCAUCGACGGUCCGUCCGUUGGGCUAGAUAAUAUCACAGCAGAAGAGCACGAAUUGAAGUUGAAGGAAGAGCUAGAUCGCAGUCAUUCACCACCCCCUAGAUACCCCAUUUCAGAACCAUCACAAUCGACGCCUUCCUCACCGCGGCCCCCGCCCUUUUCUUCCCUCUAUACCUCAACCGCAGAAGCUGUCGAGGCUUACAAGGUUGCCGUUACUGAAGCAGGCGCAUCUCUAUCUACGUCUACUGCUGCUCCGGAAUACGUUCUUGUCGCGUCCGAUCCAAAUCGACAAGCUCUAGAAGCCUCCACCUCCUCAACAAACGUCGAGGCGGAAACAAAAGCUGCACUACCACAGGACAAUAAAGGCGAAUCCUCGAAAAAAGACGACGAAAGCGAACCACCACCUGCAUAUUCGGAAGGUUCAAGUCCGCUCGACGGCUUUACAUAUCUGAUGGCGGCCGCCGGAGGAGCUGCGAGCAUUAUUACUCAAGUGCAGCAAGGUGCAGCACCUAUAAAUACUCUUGGAGGUGAAGUUUGAUUUUCAUCAAUUGUUAGAUGAAAUAAUUAUUGACAUAUUUUAGAUGUUGGCGCCGAUGAGAAUAUCACCAUGGACCUUCGGUAUGAUAUACAUUGAAUAUGUAGUUCGUGAAUUGAUGUAGACUAAUCUCCAAAUUUAGCGGCACCCGAUUCACACUAUCUCGAGAUGAACUUCUAACACUUCCCGAAUUCGUUCUCCUAUCACUCUUUCCCAAUGGGCUACUACCUGAUGGCCAUUUGAGUACCUACCAUGAAGGGGAUGCCUUCCAGGUUGAUGUCCGUGAUACUCCAUUAUUUAUUCGCAAUAUACUGUCAAAUUUAGACAUGCAUAUAGCUGACACUUUCUCUCAGUACGAUCCUGCAUCUUUACAAUACAUGCUUGAGUUCUUUCGCAACGUAGCGCAAACGAUUCCAUCCGGCUCAAACUCACCAUCCGCGGGACAAGAAACAGAUACUGUACCAAUUGAGCCAAUGGCAGGAUCUGCCAGGGAGAUGUUACAGGAUAGAGCUGGCAUAAUUGUUUUGAGGGAAGACUUAGAUUUCUAUGCGAUUCCUCCCAGAGCUGAUAUCGAACAACCGGAAAUGAUUGAGGUGAAAAGAGCGGCUGGAAAGGCACUGUUGAAACAAGAUGGUAUAUUUUCCGGCUUGAGAAGAAGUGAGGAAACCGGCACAACAGAACAGCAUUUGAUUGAAAUGUUAACUGCUGGGUAUGUCCAUUUGCAUUAACAUCAUCGGCAAGUAUAGAACUAACAUGAAAAUAGGGGUUUCAACCACGAUGAUCAUUGGGGUCAUCGAGCAGGAGAGCCAAACAAAGCUGUUAUAUGUAGUCUCGCAUUAGCUCGUCUCCGAACUGAUAUUCGUGGCAACGAGAUGGGUGGUAAUGCUGUGGGUAUGGCACAAAAGCUUCUGCUUUUUUGGAGAAAACCUGCGAGGAGAUGUUGGUGGGAGGGGGUAGAAUUGGAGAAUGUGGAAGGUGUAGAGGGGAAGUUAAAGGUGUGGAUUCGAAGGGUGUGGACGUUGGAGAUGAGUGUCAUCGGCUUACGUUGAUGACCUAUUUCUCAAAAUCUUUUCCUUUGUUUUCAUACCCUACAAUUUGUGUUUUUCUCUUUUCAAGGAAUAUAUUCGGUUUGGCUUACAAAUAUAUGUUCACUGGGCAAAGUUUAGUGAACAGAGCUUGAAUGACGCCCGCAAUUCAACGGGCCGUGGUUGAGUAACUUGUUAGGCUGUUGAAAUCCAUAAUCAUAUGCGUUGUUGCAUUAUCUUCUUAUAGCGCUGCAGGUGUUCGAUUCAUUGGGGGAAAAGGCGAGCUUUUAUAAGGGAUUAGCAUAGUUGUUUUUAUUUAUGUAAUUUGGCAUUGGUUUCAUAGUCAUUCGCGAGUUGUGGUUCUUGUGGUUGAAAAUUGGUUGCGUAGAUCUUGCAUGAGGAAGAUUGUUAGUCGCAUUGAAGGAUGGAAAUGGAUAUGAUCUGUGGAAGGUUAAAUGGCGAGCAAGGAAUGGAGGAAGGCAGAUGGAAAUGAAAAGGAGGAAACUUGUACACGAGUGAAGUAAAUUGGUCGCGGUGGAUACGUAAUAUAGAAAUGAUACCUCCUUGGUCGCAUUGCUAGUGUGUGUCAAUGUAUCUGCUCUACUUCAACACCAAUAGU